AUGGCAUUGCCGCUUGACGAUAAUGUUCUGAAUCAGCUCCAGGGCGACCAGUCCGGGCUCCUGGACAAGAUCGAUGAGCUUCGGACCGUUGGCGUCGGGGGCCUCGUGGAACUUCCCCAAAUUGUUGUUUGUGGUGACCCAUCCAGCGGAAAGAGCUCCGUGCUAGAAGCUAUAUCUAGAGUGCGCUUUCCGAGCAAGGCCACUGUCUGCACUCGAUUUGCGACUGAGAUUGUCCUUCGUCGGAGCGUUGACAAUAGAUUCAGGGUUUCUAUCGAGCCAGGAAAAAGCAGAACAGAUGCACAAGAGCUGGAAAAGCUUCGCAACUUUACCUCGGAGUCAUUCUCCGGCAGUGACCUUUCUGCAAUCAUCGAAUCUGCGAAAAAGUGCAUGGGAAUUUCCGAGAAUGGCAUACUUUCCAACUCAGGGUUCAGCGACGAUGUGCUUAAGGUCGAGAUUUCGGGCCCAGAUAGACCAGAGUUAACUUUGGUGGAUCUUCCUGGCAUCUACCAUUCUACAAGCAACGACCAAAACCAGGAUGGGAUCAAAGUAGUGCAAAGUCUCACUGAAAGUUAUAUUAAAAGCUCUCGCACCAUCAUUCUGGCUGUUAUCAGUGCAAAGAAUGAUUUUCAUCUCCAAAGUGUGUUAGACGUCGCACAUAAAUUUGACCCUGAAUACACGAGAGUCUUAGGGGUGGUUACCCAUCCUGAUUAUCUCCACGCUGGAUCGGAAGCAGAAGCGUAUUACUUGAAGCUUAUUCAAAACGAGAAAGUCAAGAAAUUGCAGCUCGGGUGGCAUGUACUUUGCAAUCGGCCCUUUGAGAUGAUGCAAGCCACAGAUUAUAGUCGAGAUAACCACGAGAAGGAGUUUUUCAACGGAGGCCGAUGGGCGUCGGUUCCCCGUCAACAAGUGGGAAUCGGGAGUCUCAGGCACCGUUUAAGCAAGAUCUUGCUCCGUCAUAUCUGUCGCAAUCUACCCGGCCUUGUGGCGGAUAUACAGGGAAAGAUCUUGCAUCAUGAGAAGGCACUUUCAAAGAUGAGCAGGUCCAGGGAGACGGUUCAGGAGCAGAGACGCUUUCUUCUCGACAUCAGCAGCAAAUUUGCACACAUUACGCAUCAGGCAUUAAACGGGUAUUAUGUCGACAGGUUUUUCGGAGGAUACAAAGCCCAUGAAACUAAAAAUGGGAAGAAUUGUUCUUGUUAUUUAAGAGGAAACGUACGUGCACUGAACGAUAGCUUUGCCUAUGCCAUGAGCCUUCGUGGGAGUCGCCGUUUCAUUCACGUGGAUGUAGAGCCAAAGGUGAUUGUGCCAAAGGGGCCAUCAGCACCAUACCUCGAAGGUUGGCUUCCACAAUAUAUUUCGCGAAAGGCACUCGCGGAAGAAAUCAGGGAAAAGGCUCGUCAACGGCAGGGUUUUGAAUUGCCGGGAAAUUCGAAUCAGUUUCUUGUUGGGGAGUUAUUCCGAGACCAGUGCGAACCAUGGAAGGCAAUAGCCGAGACCCAUAUUUUGAAUGUGUGGAACGCGGCGAAUGCCUUUGUCCAGGACGUACUGGUGUAUUUCUCGGACGACUACACUUGUGCUUUAAUCAUGAGGCACACGGUGGCACCAGAAUUGGGGAAGAUGAAACAAAGACUGCUGGCCAAACUCGAUGAGCUUAUCUCAUACUACCAACGCGGCCAUCCGUUUCCUGCCGGGGACUCUUUUCUCACCAGGCUCAAAGAGUCGAGAGAGAAGCGUCAAGUCGAAGUAUUGAAGAACGGUUUCGGCCUUGCUGGGGGUAUUUUCACUCCCCCCGGAGGAAAAACUAUCAGCAUUAUUGAUUUGGAGCGGGCGGCCAAUCAUCUACAACUAUCUGACGACCAGUUCGGUGCGGAAGAGAUUAUCGAUCAAAUGCAAGCUUAUUACGAUACUGCAAUCCUGACCUUCGUGGAAAAUGUUGUAAUACUGGCAAUUGAGAAUUGCCUGCUCUAUCCUCUGGGGCGUCUUUUUUCCAGUCAAUUUGUCAUGGAUAUGGAUGACCAACAGGUUCAAAAGAUUGCAGCGGAGCCUCCGGAGACUCAAAGUGAAAGAAGACAGCUGAAUGAUGAACUUGAGAAACUCCGACGAGGCAAACAAACCCUCGGAGCCUUCAUACCGACCGUAUCCGCCUCUAACCUGGCCAGCUUCGCAGACACGGGCUCAGCAUAUAGCGACGGAAGGAAUCUCAUGCCAAAGUAA